AUGAUACCGACCUGCAUAAGAGCACCUAGAUCCAUCCAAGGCUCUACGGAUGAUGUUACGCGCCAGACUCGCUCGAUUGUACAGAUCUACACCGACUGGGCGAAUCACUACCUGGAGCGUGCGCGUUCCAGGAGGCGCGCUGGGGCCUCGGGAGGGGGCCUGGCGCGGGAUUGCGCUGACGGACUCCUCCUCGCGGACGUGCUAGAAGGGGUGACGGGCCAGAAGGUACCGCGUGCGCACCGUAAACCGCGCAACCCGCAGCAAAUGGUACACAUGCUGCAUACACGGCGGCGGCCGAGCGCCGUAUUUGGCCGUACGUACGGCCAAGAAAGUUAUUUAUACCCUUCAUUAAAUUGGUCAUGUGAUAACGACCCCAAAACAUAUGGCACAAAGUGCAUAUUCGUGUACACGAUG